AUGCCUGAAGAAACCAGAUUAGAUGUGCCCUUGCCUGAAGAAACUGAAUUGAAUGUGUCCAUGUCUGGGGAAACUGAAUUGGAGGAAGAAAUUAUAGAUCUUAUUCAACGUUUACCAAUUGAUGAUCCUAUAGAUGCAUAUGAAUAUAUCGAGAUUGACAAUUAUAUAAAUAUCGAAGAAGACUUAACUAUAGAUGAUAUUAUUAAUGUAGUAAAUGGACAAGAUGAGAGUGAAUCAGAAAAAGAACAAAAUGAAGAAAUGAUUAAAAUUGGAGAUGCAAUUGUAGGACUUGAUAAGGUAAUAAAAUAUAUUCAGCAAAAUGAUCUAGAAAUUACUUCGUCUUUAAUGAAAGACUUAUAUAGCCUUAAAAAGUAUAUUAACUAUUUGCGUAAUGAAAGUAGAAGACAAGCUACAUUAGAAGAAUUUAUUAACCUUACGGUUUAG